AUGAUCUUCAGGAACCAUGUCGGAGCAUAUGUGGGUGGCGCAUGCCAUGUCCUCUCACUGGGGAGUGACCCGGAGAGGAUUGAGCUCCUGGCAUGCAGGAGAGCUGCCCGGUUGGCGAAUGAUCUAAACAUCACAAACCUACACAUCGAGAUGGAUUGCAAGACGAUUGUGUGCAAGCUCCAGAACGUGCAGAAAGAUUUCUCACCUCUGGGGCCUAUUGUGGAGGAAGUCAGGCAGUUGUUGGCAUCAAGGGAAAGCUGGAAGAUUUCUUGGGUGAGAAGAGAAGCUAAUGGUGCUGCCCACUCGUUAGUGAAGGAAGCUGCAACGAAUAAAAUUUGCAAGGUGUGGCUGCAUGUGCCCCCAGACUUUAUUUUGCCUGUUGUCGCAGACGAGAUCCCCAUGUGGGAAGUUUAA